AUGAGAAGUGGAUUCGAGCUCGGAAUGGAUCACAUAGUCGCAGCUUUGUCUCGCAGGAAAAUGUUCUCCACCUCGAAAAUCUGCAUCGCCGGUCUCAUCUUGUUCAUCUACCUCCUCUACAUCAUGCUAUCUUCCGAACACCCGAAAAUCACGCCUCAAAAAAACCUGAGCAUGAGCGGAAAACACCCCAGAAACGUUCAGAAGACCUCGGCAUCUUUCAUCAUCCCAGCAUCCGAUGAAUACGCCACAACCAACAGGAAAGGCAAAAAAGACAAAAACAACAACACUGAUGCUGCUGAAGGCAAUAGUCGGCGGGUGUUGAUUGUUGGCGCCGGAUUAAGCGGAGCUGUGAUUGCUGAAAGAAUUGUUAAUGUGUGCCAGGGAUUUCGAGUGACCAUUGUGGAGCAGAGGGACCACAUAGCUGGCAACUGCUUCGACUACGUCGACCACGAGACUGCAGUCAGAGUACCCGUGAAUAUCAAGACCGUGAAUGCAGUUUUCAAUUUGACAAUCGAAACUGAAACUGAAAUGAAAGCUUGGUUGAAGAAGCAUCAAAUCACUCCUCCGUCCGGAAAGGCAACAAACAGCGAGGAAACAGCAAAAUCUAGAGUUGGAGAACGACUAUACGAACUUCUUUUCAAAGACUACACGAAGAAGCAAUGGGACAAAUAUCCAGCGGAACUCAAGCCUUCCGUUUUGGAGCGGAUCCCGGUGAGAUCCAACGCAGACGGCAGGUAUUUCCACGACACGCACCAAGCAUUGCCUUCAAGGGGUUACACGAGGAUUUUCAAGCGAAUGCUUGACACUCCUGCCAUCACAGUGAAGCUGAAUACCGAGUUUUUCACGUCCAGGAAACGCGGAACUUUGGGUGCUCACGAUUACCUCUUUUUCACUGGGCCGAUUGAUCGGUACUUUGAGUCCUCGGGUCUUCCAGCAUUGGAGUACCGCAGCUUGGAGUUUCACAGAGAAGUUUUCAACACAACCAACGGGUUUUACCAGCCAGCAGCAGCAGUGAAUUACGGUACCGCAAAGAUCCCUUACACCAGAUCCAUCGAAUACGCUCACUUGCCAAACCAGGAAUACGAACACACAAAGCUGAAGCCAUUGAAAACUGUGGUGUACCAUGAAACCUCUACUGACAAGGGUGACCCCUAUUACCCAGUGCCCAAUGAGAGGAACACGGCCCUGUACAAAAAGUACCAGGACAUGGCGAACGCUGAGGAAGGCAUCGUUUUCGUGGGCAGACUGGCGUCGUACAAGUACUUUGAUAUGGACGACGCUGUGAGGAACGCCUUGGAUACGUUUGAAAAAUGGGUCUUGAGCAAUGAUUUGUCUGAUGAAUGUGACUUGGAUUUGAAUGAACGAUUCCGAACGAAUGCUUGAGAAAAGCACCAAAAGCGGUUGCAAAAAAAAAAAAACGGGUUUUGAAAUCAACAAAUCCGUCACCAAACGAAGCAAAUGCUUUCAAAACCGCC